AAAUGUCAAAGAGCUGAAAAAUACAAUUUACACUUUGUUGAUUUUACGGUGCAAUAAUAUUAAAUUAAUAUUUUAGGGCAAUGCACAUGGCUAUUUUAUUUUAUAAAUGUAAUUAAUUGCAUAGUAUGCAUGUAUUUGCUUUGCAUUUGUGAUUUAGGGACAGGUGUGAAAUAUAAUAAAUAGCUGCAUUGUGCAUGAUAUGGGUGUAUAGUUUUUAUCUUUGUGGUAUUCCCAUUUGAAAUUGAUUAUAAAAAUGCACGAGGCGUACGAGAUAUCCCACUUGCUCAAUGCAGCUGUACAAAUUGAAGCUAUAGCUGCUUAUGAAAAUAAUUUGCUACUGGGUACAAGACAAGGCCAUGUGUUGAUGUACUCAUUGUCUCAAACAAAUGGGAACCAAAAGUAUGAGUUGCAACUCCUACGAUAUUGUAAGAACUUUAGUAAAAAACCUAUACAACAAAUUGAAGUAAUUCCUGAAAAAAACUUGCUAUUAUGCUUAACUGACAGUGUCCUUUCUAUACACAAUAUCAAUGGUGUCAAUUUCCCAUUGGUUACAACAUUAGAUCAAACUAAAGGUGCUUCUCUAUUUGCAUUAGAUAACAAGCCAACCACAUCAAUGACCGGAGAACCUAAUUCAGUAGACCGUCUCUGUGUGGCCGUUAGAAGAAAACUGCAGUUGUACUGUGGCAAGAAUGGAGAAUUCAAAAAACAUCUGUUUGAUUUCACCAUCCCUGAUGUUCCAAGGGUCAUGGCUUGGGGCCAGCAAUAUGUGUGCGUCGGAUUCAAAGCUGAAUAUGUGUUGUAUGAUCUCUCAUCGGGAAAUCCAGAAGAAUUAUUUCCAACCAGCAGUUCAAAAUCUCUUGAGCCCACAAUAGCCAAAUAUUCCGAAACAUCAUUUCUACUUGGACGUGAUCAAACUUCAGUACUGGUGGAGGAGGCUAAAAAUAUAGAUAUAAAGAAAACAGUUAAAUGGUCUGAAGCUCCUAUUGCAGUUGUGUGGGACGAGCCAUAUGUGUUAGGACUGUUAUCAGACCAAGUGAUCGUACAGACAGUGGAGCCUUACCUCUUCAUCCAAACGUUACCUGAACUGAAUAAAGCAAGACUGAUGUAUAGAUGUAAGCGAGGACUGAUAUACGUGGCUUCAGUGGGUCAGGUGUGGUGCCUCAGUUCCGUUGACGUCACAAAGCAGAGGCAGCAACUACUGAAAGACAAACAUUUCCAAAUUGCCAUAGAGUUAACAAGCCUCUCAGACUGCACACCCGAAGAGAAAGAACAAAAGAUACAUUCCAUUCAAGUACUUUACGCACUCGAACUAUUUGACAACAAGGAGUAUUCACAGUCCAUGAAAGAGUUCUUCAAAUUAAAAACCGACCCUGCGGACGUCAUCAAACUGUUUCCUGAACUAGAUUGUAAAAGUGAGGAUAAGGAGAAAAAGAAAUUGACCGGGAAAGACCUGGAAAAUGCUUUGAAUGCGUUGAUAAUGUAUUUGAAGGAGUUGAGGGCUAAUAUAGGAGUAAGUCCUGGGCCGGAUGAGGCGACCAAUCAGAGGAAUGUGACGCAACAGCUUGAAUUGAUUGAUACUACAUUAUUGAAGUGCUACUUACAGGUAAACGAUGCUUUAGUAGCACCACUUCUUCGUACCAACAACUGUCGUUUAGAAGAAGCAGAGAGGAUGUUACUUCAGCAUGGAAAACACAGCGAACUAAUAAUAUUGUACCAAACGAAAGGGCAGCAUAUGAAAGCGCUUCAACUGCUAAGAGAGCAGGCUAAGGAACCAGAUUCCAGUUUAGAAGGUUAUCAAGGAACGAAGAAUUAUUUACAACAACUUGGUGCUGAACACAUAAAUCUAAUAUUCAAGUUCUCCGACUGGAUUUUAAAAGAACAUCCAGAGAAAGGCUUGAAGAUAUUCACAGAAGACAAAGUAGAAGUAGAAAACUUACCCCGUCCAAAGAUAUUAGAUUUUCUUCUUAGAGAGCAUGAAUCUCUGGUUAUACCAUAUUUAGAACACGUCAUUCAUACUUGGAACGAUACAAACUCAUUAUUUCAUGAUGCCUUAAUUAAUAUGUAUAGAGAGAAAAUUACAGAUAAAAAGGCGAAUUUAAUAGACGCAGAAGUGCAACAUAUAAAGUCGAAAUUAAUAGCGUUUUUAGAAAAGUCUGCACAUUAUACUCCGGAGAGAGUGGUGGUACAUUUCCCUACAGACAGCUUGUUCGAGGAAAGAGCUAUCAUUUACGGUAAAUUGGGACGACAUGAGCAAGCGUUAGCUAUAUACGUACUGAUAUUAGGUGACGUGGAACGAGCAAUACGCUACUGCGAGAACAUAAGCGCGACUCCAAACGACAAAAACCAAGAUGUCUACGUAAUUCUGAUGAGAAUUCUCAUGAAUCCCAAACAGGACAAUGCUCUUAGCGAUAAUCCUUUAGCCAAUGUACCGAGACAUCCGAAAACUGCAGUGCCGGACUUGGAUACGGCGCUGAAUAUAUUGGAGAAACAUGCUGACAAAAUAUCGCCUUUGAAGGCUCUUUCAGUAUUGCCAGACUCGGUCCCUCUCAGUCGCCUCAAACAUUUCCUGGAGAGCGCUCUAGACGGGCAGCUCACUUUGAAGCGACGUAUGCAAGUUCUCAAAGGAUUGUUAUAUGCUGAACAUAUGCAGGUGCAAGAACUAAAACAGUUCCACGAGUCGAAGAGCGUUAUUAUAAACGAAUACAACGUAUGUCCAGUUUGCAAGAAACGUUUCGGCAACCAGAGCGCUUUCGUCCGAUACCCCAACGGUGAUAUCGUACAUUUUAGCUGUAGAGUUGAUAAGUAAAAUGUAGUAAUGUAAAUGUAUAAAUCUAUGAAAUAUGUUUUUUCUGUAUUUAGCGCUCAAGUUAUAUUUAAUUGUAUUGGAAAGCAAAAUUCAACCUUAUUUCUGAGUUUGGAUGGAGUUUAUCUAUGGAUCAAAUAUAAAUAAAAAAAAAUACGGUCUUUGAAUAAGGAACAUCAUUCGAUUCGAAUAGUAUUCGAUUUAAAUUCAAACUCGAGUUCCAUUAGGUACUGAAAUAAGGUUGUAUAGUUUCCGCGGCAGCCAGUUCUCGUUACAAGUAGCCUCUUUCAAAUAGAGGAUUAUUUUUAUGAAGGUUUUAUUUUCAUUUAUCACAGUAGUUAGUCCUGUAGUUAACUCGUAUAUUUCGCUACAAUUGGCUCUUAUUUUAUGUUUGGCUGUGAUUUUAUUUAAAAAAACACCAGAAAAACAAUAAUUGUCUACAAAUCAUAGAAAAUCUCAAAGGCAAGUAAUAUUCCUACUACAUUAUUAUGUAACGAAGAAAAUGCUAAUAGUUAGUCAAUCUAAUUUUCCUUACUUCUAUAAUGAAUGUGCUUAUUCAUAAGCAAAGUUAAGCUAAAUAUGUACAGCUAUUUCAAAGAAAAGUGUUAAGAAUCAUUGUACAGUAAUGUAAUAUAAAUGUAAACAUGUAUUGUAUCUAUAUUUUAACCACUAUAUUAUUAGCUCAUGUAUAAACAUAUUGAAAUUAUAAUAUAAACAUUUUUAUGCAACAA